AUGACGCGUCACAUGAAUCACAUUCGGAAGUGGCAAAAAUUACACACCACUGACUUGCCUUGCGUCUGCAUCAACUAUUACCUAACAUUACUUUUAACGUUAGAUUUAGUGGACAAAACAAACCCCGUCAUCAACCCUCGGAACUCAAAGAAACUGGGACUGGGGCUGGGACUGAGACCGAGGGUAUUUUAA